CCAGAUGCAGCGGAGAGUCGCGAGGGCGGCAGCGCCGGCGGCCGGAGAGGCAGCAGCGGAGCGGGAGCAGCAGCAGCAGCGACUGCGGGAGCCGGAGCUGGAGCCGCGGCAAUAGCGGCAGCCGCAGUGACUGCAGGAGAAGCAGCGGGAGCCGCAGCAGUAGCGGCAGCAGCAGUGACUGCAGGAGAAGCAGCGGGAGCCGCAGCAGUAGCGGCAGCAGCAGCUGCGACUGCGGGAGAAGCAGCGGGAGCCGCGGCAGUAGCGGAAGAGGGAGCGACUGCGGGAGCCGCAGCAGAAGCGGCCGCGGGAGCAGCGGCGGCGCGUGGACAUGGGGUGGCGGGCAGCGCGCCCCUCCCCGCGCUGAGGGAGCCGCGGAUCCGAGCGCAGCCGCGGGAGCCGCCUCUGCUCGUGGCAGCCUGCUGUCACCUUCCCUUCUGGCAAUGGGGAAUGGACUCUCGGACCAGACGCCGAUCCUCUCCAGCCUGCCUUCCUUCCAGAGCUUUCACAUCGUCAUCCUGGGGCUGGACUGCGCUGGGAAGACGACGGUGCUCUACAGACUGCAGUUCAAUGAGUUCGUCAACACUGUCCCCACUAAAGGAUUUAAUACGGAGAAAAUCAAAGUGACGCUGGGCAACUCCAAGACGGUCACUUUCCACUUCUGGGAUGUGGGCGGCCAGGAGAAGCUGAGGCCGCUGUGGAAGUCGUACACAAGGUGCACCGAUGGCAUCGUGUUUGUGGUGGACUCCGUCGACGUUGAGAGGAUGGAGGAGGCCAAAACAGAACUACAUAAGAUUACUAGGAUAUCUGAGAAUCAAGGAGUGCCUGUCCUUAUCAUUGCUAACAAGCAGGACCUGAGGAACUCUCUCUCCCUUUCCGAAAUAGAGAAAAUGUUAGCAAUGAGUGAGCUGAGUUCUUCAACACCCUGGCAUUUGCAGCCUACCUGUGCAAUCAUUGGAGACGGACUUAAAGAGGGACUGGAGAAACUACAUGAUAUGAUAAUUAAGCGAAGGAAAAUGUUGAGGCAGCAGAAAAAGAAGAGAUGAGUUCUUUUUAGACCUUUCUAUUUUAGAGUAGUUACAUGGUCAAAAUUUGACGUAAGACAGCUUCCAAAGCCAGGCCUGCCUGUUUGGAUGCCGUUAAGCUUAGUUACGUUGAACAAUCAGUUGCACAACCUUGCUGUGUGCAGGAAGGCUGUGCAGUUCUGGAUUUUUUUUUUUUAACUAGUCUCUUCUGAGUUUUUUGGCUCUGUAUUAUUUCAGAAGCCCUAAUAGAUGAUGUAAUGCUAUCAGGAAAUGGAUGGGUGGGUAUAUGUGACAUGGAUGUCUAAAUAGCCAAAUAAAACGAGGGUUUUCUGCUUAGUGUUGUAGUCAUAUGUUUGAGGGUGCCCUCUGCAAGCAAUUUGCAUUGAAGGUGUUCUGUGUUUUUAAACUUCUAAUGCUCGUAAGUGGAGUGCUUAGGUGAACAUUAUACAGCUUUAAAAACAUGUAUGAAGCUAGUAACCCAUAAUUUCGUUGAGGCUGGUUUUUUACCUUGUUUGAGGAUUUUUAUGAAAGCUUGGCUACAUGUGUAGGUUUUUUUUAAUUUGGCACUUUUUGAAAUUGAAUUACGUUCAGUUCAAACACUUGAAAUUUUAAGUGCUGUGGAUUCUUCAACUGGUAAAAGAAAGACUUUGACAAGUAAAAACUGUAAACAACAUGAUGGAGCAUGAAAAAGUGGUUUCUCAACAUAUAGCAUGUUUUUUGGUAUAUAAGGUUUUUAUUUUUUAGAAGUAGCCAUUCAUCAUUAUACAGUGCUAAUCAGGUUUAAACUGUUACUCAAAAUUAGUAAUUUUUUUCUGAAUGGUGAGUUUUAUGUCCUCCUAGUAUCAAAAGUCAAUGAAUUGCAGUAAAGGAGCCAUAAAGAACAACUAUUGCUGCUGUGGUUCUAACCAGUGCAGCUUUCUUUGCCCUAUUGGUGACUUUCCUGGCAAUAUAACAUACUUAAAAUGAGGUAAAGAUGGAGUUAAAAUUAGCAGAGCACAUCUUGUAUCUCCCCAAAAUAACCCAUUUUAUUAAAGCAGUAUUGCUAUGUCACUUUCAACGUA